AUGGCAGGCGGGGAAAUUGCUGGUUCCGUAUUCGAAUGGCUUUCCGUCUCAUUAGCAGUUGUGGUCGGGUUAUACGCGACGCUUCUGGGGUUACUCACAACAUCGACCUUUCAGUCCCAUGUUGUCUACCUACAUGCAAUUCAGAUGACGUGGUUCAAGGACCUCGAUGUCCCCGAAACCUUCGGCUUCCUGAGGAAUCAAGUCACCCCUUUCUCGAUCAAGACCUCUGACGGCGAACGGUUGUAUGCUUGGCACAUUCUUCCCGUUGAGCUGUAUCGCAAGCACGAACAGUCUCUAGUUGAGGAAUCAGAAGGUUCUGUUUCUGAUAUAUCAUCUCGCCUCUCGUUCCGGCUUUUGCGCGAUGAUCCCGACGCCCGCUUGGUCAUUCAUCUGCAUGGCGCGGGGGGGACCGUCGCUUCAGGAUACAGAGUUCCCAACUACCGUGCGCUGUCUGCUGGAGACCCGGCCAAAAUCCAUGUCCUGACUUUUGAUUACCGGGGAUUUGGUCGAAGUACCGGCUCGCCAUCAGAGCCUGGACUCAUCCUUGAUGCCCUUGCUGUUAUAGACUGGGCCAUGAAGGUCGCGGGCAUUCCUGCGUCUCGGAUUGUUCUUUUUGCUCAAUCCAUGGGCACCGCAGUCAACAUCGCUGUGUCCAAACAGCUUGCCUUGCAAGACCCACCCGUCGUCUUUGCAGGCACUGUUCUUGUUGCACCAUUUGUUGACGUGGCGACACUAGUCUCUACCUAUCGCGUGGCAGGUACCAUCCCGAUCAUAUCACCGCUCGCCCGGUUCCCGUUUAUUUUUAAACAUCUCCAACGCUUUAUACGAGAUAAAUGGUCAAGCAAAGACAAUAUCGCAGCAUACAUCCGAUCCAACGAACUCAACAGCGAAAAGUAUCGCCUGACGAUCAUUCAUGCCGAGGAUGAUUGGGAUAUUCCAUGGCAUCACACUCAACUCUUGUUCUGGCAUGCAGUCAAUGCUUCGAUCAAUACAGGAAUAAGCUACGAAGAACUCGAACAAAAGAAAUUAGACUUGAAGACAGAUCUAGGCGCCGCUGGGUCGGCCAUGGAAUGGCGAACGGAUCAUGGUGUCAUUCGAGAAGAAAUACUCAAAACUGGCUUGCAUGAUGUUAUCAUGGGAUAUCCAGUUAUCACCAUGGCUGUUAUGCGCUCUUUUGAAGCGGCGAAUGCGUCGUUUACGUUGAAUUAG